GGGCGAUUUUUAAAGGACCAGGUGUUGAUUACAAUUUCACGUUCGAACAUCUGAUAAAUUACCUAAUUUAGGACUGUGUGUGUAACAAUCACCUAAGCGCCUCCACCCAAAGCGUGUAAGCAGGAAAGUAUUUUUGCAGAAACUUUAGAAGAUUUACUACCGCUAGCAAACACUUUCGUUAGGUGGUGCUCUCCUGAAACUAAUCUUCCUCCCCCCUACCCUAGAUGCUGCCAAGUUGACAGGAUAAGCACUCAGCCUGUUAAACAUUCUUUAACCAGCGAAAAUAGUCUCGAAGGUGGAAAACGGAUAAAAACAAAAUGUUUAAGAAAAGCAAGGGCAAAGUUUUAGUAGAAUACGCAUCGGAGGAGGACGACAUGUGGCAUCACCAACACACGUAUAAGGAUAAAGACCCAGAUGGCGAGGAGGAAGCCGGGAGCCCCGCGUCGAAGGAGGGAAAAGUUAAGAAAGUCAAGUCCAAGAAGGAGAAGCGGGAUAAGAAGAUGUUUUUUGCUCCAGAUGACGAACACUUUCUGUUGACCGGUGUCACUGCAGCUGAGGGAAGAGGGUCCAGCAAAAAGAGCAAGGAGGAGGAGAAGAGCAGCGCAUUCAUGGAGAAGAGCCACUGUUUCUGGGACAGUGUCACCAUGACGAUGAAACAGAUCACGCCUACCAGGAAGAUGGACAAGAUGGACAAGAUGGAGGGCUGGGAGCCGCCUCACAUCAGCGAGGCCACGGAGGAGGAGGAGGAUCAUUUGGCCAGAGACUCUGUGGCCACGCCUGAGGAGAGCCGCCCCUGGCCCGGCCUGGAGGAAGACUCCUCCCAGUAUGCCAAUCUGUCCAGGUCACAUGACUCUGGGAUCCGGUGGACCGCCAGGGCCAAGGGCAAGUUGGCAGGCAUUAGGAGGAGGAGUCGGGGGAGUGUCUCUGAAAACUGGGAGGGGCUCAAGUAAUGCUAAGUUAUGAUUUGACAAAGAGAAUGAAAAUGCCUGUCUGACUCUGUGCUGCUGUUUUGUACCAUUUCAUAAUGUUCGUACAGCAAUAUGCAGAUGAACCCCUUUUUAGUGUUCCUAUUGGUUUGCAUACAUAAUUGUGAAUUUUAAAUGGCACCCAGACUGUUUUCUGAAGGUGAAUUCUUAGCUAAUCACUUAAAACAGCGGCCCCUGAAAAUAACCCUGGUUCUGGGAGAGCUGCCUUAAAAUCAGUGACCAGUUUCAUCUGCAGAAGGUGAAGUUAACAAGUUAACUGUAAUGAACUGUUUUGAUUGAUCUAUUAACUGCUGAGUAACACAUAAAACAGAAAACCCUGUGGUGACCCAGGGCCAGCGUUGAAGAUCAAAUUUCUAAAUUAAACUUUUUUUUUCUGGAAUAUCUGAAAAUAACUCCCGGAGGAUAAGUGUGUAUUCAAAUGAACCAAGCGCCAAAAUAGUUACUUUUUAGGCAAAGGUUUAAAUGCUGGACAUGCUCCCAGAAUUUCACUUUUCAACCUCAGGCGCCCCAGGUUUGUUCAUUGCACACAGAAGCACACUGUUCAAUUCAAAGAAAAGAAAAAAGGAUGUUAUGCCUCGGGAGCUUGAAUGGGUUCUGCUGUAUCUCUAGACUGGAAAUUAUGCAAGGAGGUUUCUCAAAUGAUUCCAGGUAGGAAAGGGGAGAGAAAACAACAGAGGUUUAAAUAUAGUGGAAACCCACCAAAAAAAAAAAGUACACACAUGCCUUAUAAUACCUUUAAACUGUGACAGGUUCUGGCCUUUAUAAUGAGAUAAAACAAGUAUUUCACAUUUAUAAAUGAACCCUGUGAAAAAGGACUUGCUACUGUAUGUGAAGUGUAUGUGCCAGGUCUCUGCCCCGCUGGGAGCGGAACUAACAUGGAGCCUUGGCUCACUGUGCGUGCAGCUUAUGGGCUAAAUAUGCUCUGUGCAAUUAUAUUUAACUUAAAGGAACCUUUCCGAGUCCUGUGUGUGUGUGUGUGUGUAAAUGCAUGGGUGCGCGUGUGUGUGCUUGUUUUUCGUUCAAGACACUUUUGUGCCUAAGCUUUCGUUUAUUUAAGGGCACUGAUGUUUGACAUUUUAAAAUCUAAUAAAGUGACACCAGCAAAAGUGUUAGAAACAGAUAACAACAGCAAAUGUGAUGAUGGUAAAUGUUAUCCAUGUCAUUAUACAGACUGAGAAGUAAAACGUACAUACAGUUGUUGGUAAUUAAUGUAGCGGUAAUGAAAUGUAGUCCUGAGGAUAGAGGGUAACUGACGUGUGUGCACUGGAAUGGCGUGUAGGGUCUUCUUAACUGCGUUAGAAAGCACACUGGAUCAAGCCUUUUCUUGGCGUAGACCUUCCUGUUUUCCAGGCUGUACCAUGUGAGAGCUACAGCAUAGUAGCAAACCUGCUGCGAAGUAGAGAGUGAGGGAACAUGUUACUGUACUGAUUAGUAAGCUCAUAUUGCAACAUUUCGGAAGUUGCAUUUCACUUAAUUUAUGGAGCAAUUUUCCAAGAUUCUAGCUGGCUAUAUAUUUUUAUGCUGUAUUUGCUGACUUGUCGUAGCCAUUUGCUGGCUUUUGCUAAAGAAGUUUAAACUGAGCUUGUCCUCAUGCGUGUCUGCCAGCUUAGCCUCCAUUUACAUGCAAAAUGUAUUUCAGUGAAGUUCUUGCCACCCAAGUGGGGGAAACUGACUACUUGACCUAAAUUCCAUUGUAUGAAUUCAAUGCAAUAGGGUCUUUGUCCUGUACUUUGCAAAGCUACUGAUUCCUUAAACCCUCAAUGAAUCAUGUGAUUAACAGAAAUACGGGUGGACUGCCGAGAAGGACAAUCCUGUGUUAAUCAAAGCCUAGGCCAUAUAUUUUUCAAUCAUAAUAAAAAAUUUUUUGAACAUG